AUGGAUAUAAAGAGUCUACAGGGUGUCACUGAGAGCUCAGAGAUGGCUUGGCUAGUAGUCAUCAACCUUUUCUGUAGUUCAGCUUUCCGAUUACAACGGGUAGCCUCUCUCGGAGUCACCACGUUCACGCUGUGCGCCCUCUGCAUCGACCGGUUUCGUGCCGCCACCAACGUGCAGAUGUAUUACGAGAUGAUCGAAAACUGCACCUCGACGACGGCCAAGCUGGCCGUCAUCUGGGUGGGCGCCCUGCUGCUGGCCCUGCCGGAGGUGGUGCUGCGCCAGCUGGCGAAGGAGGACCCCCAGUACGGCGGGGAGCGGUGCGUGGUGAAGAUAUCCACCGCGCUGCCCGACACCAUCUACGUCUUGGCUCUCACUUACGACGGGGCAAGGCUCUGGUGGUACUUUGGCUGCUAUUUUUGUUUGCCUACCCUCUUCACCAUUACCUGCUCCCUGGUAACGGCGAGGAAGAUCAGGAGGGCGGAAAAGGCUUGCACAAGGGGGAACAAGCGACAAAUUCAGCUGGAAAGUCAGAUGAACUGCACGGUGGUGGCUUUGACCAUUUUGUAUGGGUUUUGCAUCAUUCCUGAAAACAUUUGCAACAUCGUGACCGCCUACAUGUCCACAGGGGUCUCUCAGCAGACUAUGGACCUCCUCCAUCUCAUUAGCCAGUUCCUUUUGUUCUUCAAGUCCUGUGUCACCCCGGUUCUCCUUUUCUGUCUCUGUAAACCUUUCAGCCGGGCCUUUAUGGAGUGUUGCUGUUGCUGCUGCGACGAAUGCAUCCAGAAGUCUUCAACAGUGACAAGUGAUGACAAUGACAACGAGUACACCACAGAACUGGAGCUCUCCCCUUUCAGUACCAUCCGUCGCGAAAUGUCCACUUUUGCCUCCGUGGGGACUCACUGUUAAUUGACCUUAGGACUUUGUUUCCUGUAUCUUUUUCCUUUCUCUUUUUUUUUUUUCUUUGUUACUUCAUAUUUUUCUUCUUGAAGCAAAAUGAAAAAAAAAAAAAAAAGAUUAUUGAAAACUACUCUGGAAACCAAUCUGCAUAUUAACAGUCAUGCUUUGGAAAAUAAUUUGUUUGGUUAUUAAAAUGAAAGAAAGAGAGGGAAGGAGAGCCAGCACUCAGUUUUAAAUCAUGAUAUUUUGUAUGGUGCUAGGAUUUUAUUGUUUGGGGAGGAGAAUCCAUAUCAAUCCACUUUUAUUUAAUUCCAUAGUAAUUUUUUGAUAAUCACUGUAAAAUGAUUAUAUAGACAUUGUGGGUUUUGCAAGAUGUUUCAUGUAAAAGAUGUGGUGGAAAGUAUUUGAAGGUAGUUUUAAUCCAAUUACUGUACACUAUUGUGAGAGGACUUGGACUUCAGAAAAUUUAUAAAGUAGCAUAAAAAUAAAUGAGGUUUUAUUCUUUAACUUCAUUAUCAAUCUGCAUUUAACAAGGAUGCCUAUAAGUAGUAUUAAAUUCCUUUAAUAAGUAAAAACAACCUUUUCUUUGCAUAAAAUAAUUUAAAUGCUCAUAUUUAAUUUACCAUUUGUGUACUUACCCUUGGAGGCUAUAAUUACAGUGUUUAAGGAAGAUGGUUAUAAUGGUAUUAGAUUUACAUGAGUGGGUUUUUUUAACGUACAUUACAAAGUUUCAAUGUGCCUCAUUGAAAAUUUCCUUCUUAACCUGCAGGUAUACAAAGCCUGAGUUAUUCUGUACUUCUUGCGAAGAAAGAUUUGCUUUCUCACUAAAUUUUGUCCUGUGUGGUUUCAAAAUCAAGUUUCUUUCCAAUUUGUUAUUGGUUUUACAUUGGCAGUCUCUGUAUAUAUAGCUCCCGCUGGCUUCAGUGAGAGUCCCAUUGCAGAGGAAGGCAUUCUUUUGCCAGAGGUUUGCUGACAAUAAAUGUGAGGGACUGAAACAUGUGGAGAGUGAAUUCC